CGGGAGCCGGUAUUGCAGAGCGCACGACAAGCAGAGUAAUGAAUGGCCGGGUGCCGCUAGCUGAGAAAGCCUUAUCCGAAAGCUAUGCCAGGCUGCGAUACAGAGACACCUCACUGCUUAUCUGGCAGCAGCAGCAGCAGCAGCUGGAAUCCGGCCCCCCGGCUACCUAUUUAAGUCGGAGCCGGAGCAUGUGGUACUCGCAGUACGGCAACGAAGCUAUCCUGGUACGGGAAAAGAACAAACUCGAUGUCUCCAGAGAUACCGGGCAGUCCAAGUUUUGCACGGUUAUGUAACUGGGGUGGCUGAAUGCCAGAUAGCUGCAUGCAGCAAACACAUGAAGGAGCCCGCUGGAAGCCUUGGGCACGUUUUCUUCAAAUUAAAAAAAAAAAAAAAAAAAAAUGGUGGUAGCUUUAAGUGUGUUGCACUCCACUACUGCUGCCUCCCACGUGAUGGAGAACAAGCUACCCAAGUCAACACAAGGGAAGAACAAGCAAAUUACCUUCCCUGCAAGCAAGACUGUGUGUGCCUGGUACCCACAUCCAUGUGGCACUUGCAUAAAUAUUUCCAUAAGGGAUGUUUUAUCUGAAAUAGUUAGACUAGUGCAACCCACUAGCACGGAUGCAUGUUUGCUGGUAUAAAAGCGCCUUACACUGGCAGAGCUUUCUUUCCCUUACAGGAAUAGCUUUUCCAGGAUAAGCACUUGAUACUAAGAUAACAGCACCAGUAUUAAAGAGGAAGAGGGAUUGUAUCCUUUUAACUCUAUCGUUAAGGUGGUAUGAGUUGUGCGUGUAGAUUGGGUCUUCAUUUACUAAACCUGCAAGGAUGUUUGAGAGGUUUGAAUGUAUUUUCCCCAUUGAUGCCACCCCUAGCUCAGACUUUUAAUUGAGCUUGUCUAGGAGGAACACAAUCUAGUCGGGUCCUUACCUAGACUAGCACCAUUGGAUAAGGCUGGGGAUCGCAGGUGUCACGGGAGUGUUUGAGCCCAAGCUAUUGGCAUUUGAAAUUGCUUUUAGAAAUGUUUCUUAAAAAAGAUUAUCUUGCAAAAACAGGCAGUAGCCAAAUCUGCCUUUUCUGGCUUCCAAUGGGCCAAAUAUAAAAAACUGAAGCAACAUACAGGCAGUUGUGUUAAUCUCUGCCAGAGCUGCAGCUUUAGUGCAGCUCCAGAACCCAGGGAGUUAAUGCUGCUGCCGCAGGCUCCCUCCUUUUCCCGUUGGGAAUCCUGUGGGGAUUUAGCUAACCCCACAGUACCCAUAGCAAUUAGGACACUGGGGCAUAUACAUCAAUCCUUGCAGUGUUAACUAAGGGGUAUAUUGGAGACUGAAUGUUUUAGAAACAUUUAGACCGUGGCCUCGGUGGUGCUUGUUGCAUCGCUGCUGCAUCUCAGUGCAACAGCCCAAAGGUUUCUUGAAGAACUUGACCUGGGAUUUCACACGAGCUCCUUGCUGUCACUGCUUCCCAUGUGAGCACCAAGGUCUGCGGUGAGGAGGUCACAGUGAUUUUGCUGAACUGGCUGGAAGCCACAUGAUGCCCAUCACUGACCCCACUCACCGUCUGCAGGAA